CUUGGAAAAGUUCAGAUCCUUCGUCAUUGUCAAGAAAAGGAGUUGUUGUCUGUUCAUGGGAAAAGUCGCCCCAAACGAAAUUUCCAUCCGUUGAACCCAAUUUAUAUCGUCAAUCCACGAACCCUAAUCAUACAACCUAUUUAUAAUCGACGCCCCUAAAUCUUCUCAUCGUUUUCUACUUCGUAACUCCACAAUAGAACGCGGUGUUGAGCAAAUAUAGUAACCUUGUUUUCAGAGAGAGAAACAAGACUCCAUUACAAAGAUCACGCGCUUCUUAUUUUCUACCCUCCUCACCCAUUUUUUUCCUCCUUCAUUUUCAGGCUUCCAUUGUAAAUAGAUGGGUGAUCACUUGGUUCUAGAUGUGAAUCAACCCAUUAAAAGGAGUGCAGACAUGGAAGUCCCUUCAUCUUCCAAUACAGAAGCUCUUGUAGAAGAUGAAAAUGGGGCUUCUUAUGAUGAGGAAGCACCUCUAUUAACAAUGGCAGAGUGUCGUAUUUGCCAGGAGGAAGAUUCCAUUGAUGCUUUAGAGACACCCUGCAGUUGCAAUGGCAGUCUUAAGUAUGCUCACAGGAAGUGUGUUCAACACUGGUGCAAUGAAAAGGGUGACAUAACUUGUGAGAUAUGCCAUCAGCCUUAUCAACCUGGAUAUAUUGCUCCACCUCCCCGACCUUGCAUGGAAGAGACCACCAUAGACAUUGGGGGAGCAUGGCAAAUCUCAGAAGCUGAUCGUCAAUAUCUUGAAGCAGAGUACGAUGAUUAUAAUUCCACAAAUGCCAGCGGGGCAGCGUUUUGUCGUUCAGUUGUUUUAAUCUUAAUGGCUCUUUUGCUUCUCCGACAUGCGUCAUCUGUGCCUGAUUCUGAAGGAGAUGGAGACGAAGAUGCAUCCACGUUUUUAACUCUUUUCUUGCUUCGGAUUGCUGGGUUUCUUUUGCCCUGCUACAUCAUGAUUUGGGCCAUCAACAUUUUGCAGCGUCGAAGGCAAAGACAGGAGGCUGCAGCAUUGGCGGCUGCCCAAUUUGCAUUUGUACUGCAAGCGGGUCAAGGAAACGGGCUCCAUUUGACCGUAUCUUCUUUGGGGCCUGCACCAGCCCAAGCACCCGCACCCGCACCCACUGUGACUCCAACUGCUGCACCACAAGAUGAAAAUGUUUAAUAGUUAAAGAUGAUUGAGGAAAAAAAUUAUUUAUUUUUUGUUUUUUGUUUUAUGGUUAGAUGAUGAGAUCAGAUUUAUUGUGAAUAAUCGAGUGUUUUAUGUUUAAUGUGUAAUGAUUCAUCAUCUGAUAUGAAUUAUGAAAGCCAUUUGACAGUUUCUGUA